AUGACAGACACGGACGCGAAGAACGUUUUGCUGGUGCGUUUCGCAUGCGCCUCGCCGUUACCGCGCAAAUCUGCCGCGUUCAGACAGAAUGUACUGCAGACAAGACUUGGAAGAUUGAGAACUGACAGUAGCUCAAAGUGGCAGCGAGAUGUUAAUUGUUUGGUGAGGGAACUAGAUGGACCUUCCGCAUCGGCCAGUCCUGGAUCCACAAGCUGGAGUUUCACGUGGGUGCGGUUCUUGAGCCCAGAUGCUAAGAGAGGGGCUUUUGCUAGCGGCGGCCCGAUGUCCUUUUCUCGGUCACGCUGCUCCGUGGACACCAGCGACGGAAACGGUAUCGACAGAUGUGCUACGGGUGCGGUGGGCUGCAGCACGCCAAGGCAGGUGGACGCAAUCAGUGCUCGAGUGAAAGGCGGCAGAUGCCAGCGGCUUGGUCCUGCACCGAGGCGACACAAUCCCGGUUGCAUGCUCAUGCGCCAACAAGUGAUCGACUCUUGUCAGAUUCAGGCUGCGGCAGGGGGUGGAUUGGGUGACACGAGCCUUUUUGCCGAGGACGCGGGAGCGGAGGACAGCUGCGUCACAUUGCGAUGCAUGCCGAGAGCCGCUAAGCAGACGACGGAGGCUUCUCUGUUCCCAUGUGGAGGCUGGCUGAUCGCCCGCCCCCGGCCUUUGGACGGUACUGCGUGUGGGUGCGCACCACCUGUGUCAGCACCAUCGGCGACUAUGGGGGUCUGGGUGGCUGGCAUGGUAAUCUGGCGACGCCCCCCAGAAAGCCCCGCUACGCCAACAGGCAGUCUCGGGAGAAGAAAUGCACCAUCAGCGUGGGUGUCGCGCUGUGUUGGGUGCCUUGGGGAGAGUUUGUUUUGCAGGGAGAAAGUUGAGGCUGGAACAUGCUCGAACCGUGAUCCACAUGUGUUCGCAACGUCCAACGGCCCCUGCGACCGUGUCUCAGUAACUCGUUCAGGCAGAGGGUGUGGCGUUCUGCGCUGGCAGUGUAUCAUCAUGGCAGUCGAAAAUCGGCGAACCCAGAUUGAUGUGUCCUCUAGAUGCGGCGCAUAUAGCGUGAUGGCGGCGGUAGCGUGUCAAUCCAUCGGCUCCGCUGUUGGGUGAACCUGGGACGAACCGUACCAGAUCCGACGGAACGAUCUGAAACAAACACUUCGAUCUACCAGAAUUACAUUGCCUGGAGCAGCGUAGUCAAGCAGUCUGGCUCGUCUGUCACCUGGCACCAAUGUGAUGUAGUACAGUAAGGCGCCGGCGGUGGUUGCAUGGGUCGCGGCGGAUAGUCAGCGCGUCGAUGCUAGGCACGUAAUUUACGGCCCACUGGCUGGC